CAUCUUCUGGUUAAGUCCCAUGACAUCCAACAUCUAUCACUGUGAAACAAUAAUUGUGAUCAACUAAUCCCAGAACUACAUUAGUGUAGUUACGAUUGGCAGGCACUAAAUGACAACAUGUUUUCCAUCUAAAGCUCCUAUGCAGUUUGGAACUAGGAUUGUUACAUGAGUACAUAUGAAUGACAAUUGUUCAACAAGGAAAGAUGGUACUGCUUUUGAAACACAUGCAAGGCCAACACCCGCGAAAAUAAAGAAAAGAGAGAAAGAUAACUAAUUUUAAUAAACAACAGGCCACAUCGAUUGACAAUGAUGUUAAAGCAUUAGAGGGUAUUUUCAAUAAUCGGGAAUCUGAUGAAUUUGGGACGUUUGGAAAUUCCAUUGCAAUGCAACUGCAAACAUUGCCAAACGAGGUGGCAAUUAAAUUAUAACAAGAUGUACAAACUUCAAUUAUGUGAACGCGCUUAAAUUAUAUACAAUCAUUGUCUCCAUCUGCCUCUGCCUGUAGCAUUACUCCAUCACUUUGAAGAUAACAACAUAGAAGACACACAGAUACACAAAAACAAACAUCAAAUAUUCGAAAUCUCUUUUCAUUUUAACUGAUUACCUUGUAAAUUUAAAAAAUUUCUAUUAUUUAUGAUAGUGUCUAAAAAACUGAAAUUAAAUAAUUAUUGUAAUCCAGUGGCUUUCAAUGACUGCUUAAAAAUGUUGACGAAAUCGUAAGAUUGGAUAUAAAUGUAAGUAUAUAUAUACAUAUAUAUUAUAAACAUAAAAAAAUUGAAGAAACUUUGAGGGUCUUCCAAAGCAAGUUCUUUCAACAGAGUGUUGUUUGCUUCUAACACAUUCCCUUUAUCAAUCCUAUUUUAUGUUCAAACUUUCUUUUUACAUAUUCUUCUAGUUAUUUAAAGUUCACAAUUUAUUAUUUCAAAGACAAUCCGAAUACUUGCUGCAGCCACUUUGUCACACGCCAUAUUUAAAUCUAAAAUAAAUAAGCUUCGAAACAAAUAACUGUAUCUUAAUAAUUAAUCGCGAAUUAAGGAAACUUUAAACUGUUACCAUGCUUGCAUUUUGGACACAGAGCUCAAGAGUUUCCUAUCGUUAAGUAUUGAGUGUAUCACAUAGCAGAGCGAGGUAUUUAUGCUUUGGCAAUGUUCUUUUCUAUUGAAACAGAUGUAAAUAUGCAAAUUAGAGAGUGAUUAUAGUUACCGUUAAUACAUAAUUUUGACAUUUAGUCAAUAUUUCAUUACAAUUCUGUCUGUUCGUUGCUUCAGUAACAACACUUUAUAAUCUGAAUUCGGCGCGGAUUAGUUCACGCAGUGUUCAAUAGAGGGAGUAUGCUACAGCACACAAUGUCAUGACAACGAUAAUCAACUGUUGCGACAUUAAAAGUCAUGACUUUUAAUGCAGCGUGUAAACGUACCUUUAAUGCUUCGUCUUAAAUAAUUUGAGACAUAUUAUAAUUUUACUAUUAAACAAUUUAUCAAUCAGCUAUGUAUUAUUAUUUCAUUAAAUUUUGGAAUAAAAUAUCACAAUCCUCUUUCUUUAAAAUUUUCUAAUAUAUCUAGAGUACGAUAAUUCAGUUUAGAGUUUAAAUUAAGAGUUGAAAGUGAAUUGGCUUUUGUGAGCAAUUUCAAGCGACUAUUUGAGUUUACUGAAAACUUCAUAUAUGGGCAACGGAGAUUUAGAAUUUUGUCAAUAUUAUCUUACAAUAUCAUCAUGUUAUUAAUAAGAAUACAUAUCUGUCAUUUAUUAGGAUUCAUCUGAAUAUGUAUUAUGUUCAACUGCAUAUACUGCCACGAUUGCAGACUUAAUAUUAUUUAUUAGUUGUCUAUUGAAUUAUGGCUGUACGUCGAGGAAACAGAAACUUGAAAUUGCAGGUCUCUGAAGAGACACCUGUGCCUGUCACUCCGCCAAGAAAUUUGGAUAAAAGAACAACAAUAACCAUAGGUGAUAAAACAUUUGUAGUAGAGGCAGAUGAUUUAGAAACAAUCUGUAUCCUUGGACGAGGAGCAUAUGGUAUUGUGGAUAAAGUACGACACAAACAAAGUGGCACUAUUAUGGCAGUUAAGAGAAUAACUGCAACAGUUAAUACACAGGAACAAAAGCGUUUACUUAUGGAUUUAGAUAUUUCCAUGCGUAGUUCAGCAUGUCAAUAUACAGUACAAUUUUAUGGAGCAUUGUUUAGGGAAGGAGAUGUUUGGAUAUGUAUGGAAGUUAUGGAUAUGAGUUUGGACAAAUUUUAUACGAAAGUGUAUAAGCAUGGUCGUGCCAUUCCUGAAGAUAUUUUAGGGAAAAUUGCUUUUGCAGUAGUAAGCGCAUUACAUUAUCUGUAUUCACAGUUACGGGUGAUCCACAGAGAUGUGAAACCUAGUAAUAUUUUAAUUAAUCGAAAAGGAGAGGUCAAGAUCUGCGACUUUGGUAUAUCUGGUUAUCUUGUGGAUUCUGUUGCUAAGACUAUUGAUGCCGGUUGUAAACCAUAUAUGGCUCCAGAAAGGAUAGACCCGUCGGGUAACCCUUCACAAUAUGACAUCAGAUCUGAUGUUUGGUCGUUAGGUAUAUCUCUUGUUGAACUAGCGACAGGAAAAUUUCCCUAUGAAUCUUGGGGAACACCUUUUGAACAAUUAAAACAAGUUGUAAAGGAUGAAGCACCAAAGCUGCCAGCUGAUAAAUUUUCGGCCAAUUUCGAAGAAUUUAUCAAUAAAUGUUUAAUGAAAGAUUAUACUGCCCGUCCAAAUUAUAAUCAAUUACUGAAACUUGAUUUUAUCACAGAGCAUGCCAAAAAGGACAUAAAUGUUGCUGAAUUUGUUGGAGAAAUUUUAGACCUACCUGAAGUUGAGUAAUCAGCAUAGUAUAUAAAUAUUUUUGACAUGGUGUGUUACAUGAUCUUUAAUGUAACUUCGUAUUAUGUAUCGAAGUUAUAUAAUCAGUUCUCUAUAUCUUCAUCAGCCAUAUUAUUCACUCAUACAUACGCACGCUACAAGUAAAUUAAAGUAUAGUGUAAAACAUAAUAUGUGUAACUUUUGUCUAAAAAUCGAUGUCUUCAGACAGUUCACUUUCUUGUUUGUUCAAUAUGUAACCAAUGUAUAAUUUUGCAUUAAUAAUUUCUUCAGGAUUAGUAACUAUUCUUUAAACAGAGAGCAAACCCAUGUAAAUAAUAUACAAAUAUUUUCUCACAUAUAAUAAUAAAUUGUUAUUGUAGCAAUGUAGUAAAUAAAAUCUAAAUUAUAAAUACUUGAUUGAACUAAGUAUUAUAUAUAUAUAUAUAUAUAUAUAUAUACACAUACAUACACACACACACAUAAUAUAAUAUAUAUUUCUAUAUAACACGUGCUCUACAUAACGUGAUUCUAAUGAUAAUAAAUUAGUGAUAUUAAUAUAAAUAACACGAACAACAACUGAAAAAAUAUUUAUUUACGAGGAAAAGUUAUGUAAAAAAUAUCUACCUUUUUGGAAGAGUUUAAAUAGAAAAAAUAUAGAGCUAAUUACAUUUGUCCAUUUAUAUAUACCGUAAUAAUGUAACAGAUAUUAAUUGAUAAUAAAUAUAAUUGCGAAAAAUAUUACAAAUAUUAUAAAGUGUAGGUCAGUACAAAUGCUCUAUUGUAAGCACCGAGGAAUGAAAUAAUUUUUUACUUACUGUAAUAGUAGAGUAAAAUGAUAAGAAAUCAGUGAGUUAUUUUAACGAGUAUAAUAUUAUUCUUAUAAUACAUAUUAAUAAAAAUUAAUUUUGAUUUCA